GUCUUAAUCAUGAUUCACCAUCUCCUAGUGAUGUUGAUAAUUGAGAUGAUAAUCCUUCUAAUACAACUUCUUUUGGUCUGUCUAAAUCAUGAUUUAGACAUUGAUUCUUCAUCAAGAUGUAAUGCUUGUCGUGGUAACUUUAACUUUCUUUGUGAAUGA